CUAUGGACCAUGAUUCAAGUAGUGACGCUACUCUAUAGAGAAAGAUGGCAUUUGCAAUUACUUUUAGGUGAAAGAAAGACGGAUAUAACUGCAGUUGUCGUGUUUUUUAUGUUUUCUGUUUCUCUCACAACAUGAUGCCAUUAUUGCCAUUAGCAGAAGCAAAAGAUUAUUGACAGUUAUGUGUUAUGUGUUUUGUGUGUUUUCGGUAUUAUCUAAGAAUUAAUUUUGCAAAAUGAUAAAUAAAGAAUCAGAUAUAAUGAUUGAUAAAAUAUGCCGCUGUUGUAUGUGUGAAAAUGAAGACAUGCAAAAUAUGUUUGAGAAAAACAAUGAGGAGGGUGCCCAUGAUUCCAAUACCCUUCUCUCGGAAAUGCUUGUGCUUGUGGCUUCAAUAGAGGUUGUUUCCGGCGAUGGUUUGCCAAGUAAUUUAUGUAAAGGUUGUAAUGAAAAGCUAAAAAGUGCCUAUGAGUUCAGAAAGUUGUGUCAAAAAUCUGAUACAACUUUAAGGGACCUUACUCAAGAUAAUAAAAGUAACGUUCGCCAGGAAGAAGACAUAGUUGUCCACCCUGAUGUUCAUGAUGAUGUUUUUGAUGAGGAUAAUGUGCCUCUAUUAGAAAGGGGUGUGAAAAGGAAAAGGGGUAGGCCCAGAAAGAAGGAAAACACCAAUUUAUCCUGCAACUUUUGUCAGAAGAUACUUCAAACCCAAAAAGGUUUAAGAGUACAUUUGAGAUCCCAUACUGGAGAAAAAUUAAAAUACUGUUUGUUCUGUGAUGCAAAAUACACGAGAACCAAUCAUUUAAUCCGCCAUUUAGGUACACAUGAUAAGCCUGGCUUAAAGCACCCUUGUGAGAAUUGUGACAAGACAUUUGAUGCUGCAGCUGAAUUGUUUCGUCACUCAAAAGUCCAUGAAGAAGUUUUAGAUGAAACUGCAAAAGAGCAACAUAUUAAAACUGAAGAAGAAGACAUCAAACCUGAAAUUGAUGAACCUGCGCUUAUAGGUCACCAAGCAGUUGGAACACUAGAGGAGGAAAAUGCAGCUGGAAACAGUGAUCAAGAUGAUAAUGUGUUCAAUGAUUUCCCUGUGAGUGAUGGAGGCCGUGAUAGUGAUGAUGAGUUUGAAAUUGAACUGGAUGGCAAUAAGAAGAGAAGCCCCAAGUCUAAGAAAAAGGAUGAUAAGGCUUUGUAUGAAUGCAAGGAAUGCACCAAGGUUAUGACAACAUAUAUUGGACUUAAAAUUCAUAUGAGAAAACAUACUGGAUCUGAUUUGUCUACUUGCCAUUUGUGUAACAAAUCAUUUACUAAGAAUAGUCAUCUUGUAAGACAUUUGAAGACUCAUGGAAUAGUCGAUGAAGAGAAAAUGAAAGCUUUAAAGCAAUUAUCUGAAACUAAAGGGAAAAAGGUUAUGGAAUGUGAUUACUGUGAUCGUAAAUUCAAGUACCGGAAAAGUUUUCUACAUCACAUGCAUGCUGAACAUGGCAUGUCUGACUUUGAUAGCGAUUUUGAAAAAGGUGAAGGUGGUGAUAAAACCAAAAAAGAUGACCAAGUUGAAGGUGAAGGAACUGAAGGGGAUGGUGCUGAGAAUAAUGAUACAUCUGGAAUUGGUCUUGGUGACGACCCCGUCAAAGAUGAAGAAGACGAAGUUGGAGUCCCAGAUGCUGAAAAUCUUUUCGUGAAGAAAGCCCGUAGCAAAAACCAAGUGUGUCAUGUUUGCGGUGCCUCGUUUUCAAGAGUGAAUCAUCUGACCAGACAUAUGACCCUACAUCGAGCACUUCUUGUUCAUCAAUGUGACAGGUGCGAGAAAGCUUUUGCUACAGACGAACAUCUCAAGAUUCAUGUAGAGGAAGAGCAUAUUAAUAAACCUUAUGUGUGUACAGUCUGUAACAAACCAUUUAGCAGAGGUGAACACCUAAUUAGACAUUUGAAAGUGCAUCAAACUAAUUCUGAUAAGGAUGCUAACUUGAAAUGUUCAAUAUGUGAUACUACAUUUUCAAGGUCUGAUCAUUUGGCUCGUCAUACAAAAAUACACUUACUGCAAGACAAACGGCAUGUAUGCGGCGAAUGUGGCAAGGCAUUCAAUCGACUGGACAAUCUAAAGACUCAUCAACGCAUCCACACUGGCGAAAAGGACACAUCGAAACUGCAUUUAUGCAUUUACUGUGGAAAGGAAUUCAAUAAUUCCAGUAACAUGAUUGUUCACAUGAGACGUCAUACUGGAGAACGGCCUUAUAAAUGUAGCGAAUGCGGAAAAGGUUUCCCAAGAUCACACGAUUUGAAAUGCCACGAACGUACCCAUUCCGGGGAAAAGCCAUAUCUGUGUACUUUAUGUGGCAAAUCGUUCAACAAGAGUAAUAAACUGCUUCGCCACAGUAGGGUUCAUACAGGGGAACGUCCUUAUGUUUGUAAUAUAUGUAGUCGGGCGUUUACUCAAUCCAAUGAUUUGGCUCUUCACAUGCGCAGACAUACAGGGGCAAGACCGUAUGCUUGUGGCGUAUGUCCUGCACGCUUUAUACAGUCUGGGCAGCUAAAGACUCAUAGAAGAACUACAGGACAUUGGAUGGACGUUCAACCGGAUCUGAAGGGAGGACAUAGAGUUGAACCGGUGACGCCUGCACAUGAACCUGCACCAAUUAGAUUUAAAGUUCACAGAGCAAUGAAAAAGGAACAGAAUAUUCUGGAACAAGCUGGUCUAAUGCAUCCUCAACAAGCAUCUACUUCUGAGAACGUACAUCUAGGCGAAGUUCAGUCCAUGCCAAAUGAACCUCAAAGAAUACUAAUGGGUAUAAUGGGAAAUAUUAAAAUUCCUGGCACUGAGUCAGUCCAACCUCUACUCAUUGACACUGCCAAGUUGGCAGAACUGCACAACGCAGGCUUGGUAAACUUGCCAAGUGUAAUUCAAGCAACAAAUGGGGACGAAAUCAAAUUAAAAUCCGAAGUGGGUAGUUAUGGUAUGCCUCAGUGUGAUGAUGAGCUGGAAAAACCGGACGAUAAUACAGGUGGUUUCAACCAGAACGAUGUUGUAAUAUAUUCCAGUGUUGGGCAUACUUCAACGACAUAUACAUCUAGUGAAAAUUAUAAUUUCCAAAGUUUUCACUAGAUGACACCUCGGAAUAUCUAGUUAAAAGGUGAUUUUUAUCGAAUAGAAGACUUUAUUUAUGCACUAUUUUAAUUUUUUACUAUUUUUGAGUGUUAUUAACCAAGAUGUCUGAUUGAAAAGGAGAUUUUAUGUCUCAAAUAAUGCAUCACAAACAUUUUAUAAACAAAAAACAAUUUUACAUAAAUGCACAAAGAGUUGCUAAACAAUUUUUUAAAUUAUUAAAAACGAAGGUUAUAAAGGUCAACUGUAUAUUUAACUUUAAAAAAGAGAGGCUUAUUGAUAUAAAUAAAAGAGAUCUGCUCAGGCAACUAGGUUAAUACUCGAGUUAAAUUAUUUUUUUUGGCCUACCAAAAGCAUACUGCCAACAUUUUUUGUUGAAUUUAGAAGUAUAACCUUGAAGGUUGUAAGUAAAAUUUACCACAAUUGUAUUUAUAUGAAACGGUUUGAUAAAUAAUUUAUGUACAUAGAUUAAGAAUAUUUAGUAAGAAUACAAUAUUGUAUAUUAAAAUUGUACUGCAUUGUUUUAAACAUUGAAAAAAUGUAGGAAUGAAUGAAGAUAUUUUGAUUCAAGGAGUGUUUAGUAGAGAGAAAAAAUUACAGAAUAUCAUAUUGUAUAUCUGAAAUUUUGGUGAGCGAACUCAAAAAUUCAUUUAAAUAAUAAAAACAUUUUUUUAUUUGUGUCUGUUAGAUUAAGUAGCAAUAUGGAAUAAACAAAAUAAAAAUAGAACCAUUUUAUAUUGUAGUUUAAUAACCUGUUCUAAAUAUAUUUAAAAAAAAAACCUAUUCAAACAUGGUAGAACAGAUUAAAACGUUUUCGUAAUACUAUUUAAUACUAGCGUCUAGCCCUUGGGAGAUCACCUACUGUUAACGUCUAUUAAUUUUAAACAAUUUAAUUGUUCUGAUAUAUAUUCACUAAAUACACCAACUUAUUUUAUAACUAAUUUAUUUGUACUUAAAACUACACUUAUUUAUAUUUACUUUAACAAUUUAUUUUUACUCGACAAUAUUUAUUUCUAAAAUUUACUAAGUAACGGCAAAAGAAACUACUUAUUAAACGGCCUAGACAAAUCCAGUCCUGUCUCGAACAAUCUCGAUAUUAGUCUAGACGUUCUCGAGAUCCUUCCAGUAAAUUCUUGAGGCGGACAGCGAAAACGGAACACAGACGAUCUGCUGAACGGCCAUAAGCACAAACAAAGAACAGGGCCGGACUUGUUGAAAUUGAAUCGCAUGAUACAACGAUCCUCAUAUGUGACAUGCUCAGAGGAACCAAUGGGACGGUUGUCAGCUGCUGAACUUUGAAAUUUAAAAUGUGAAAUAAGUUUGGUUAUAGAAUGUCGUUUGUCGUUUUACUUUAUUUUUAAGUGUUACAGUAUAAAGAUAUACAGUAUAUUUAUAGUGUUGGCAAGAUCAAACCUAAAUUUUGCUUGUGUAUCAACGUUAUAAUUCACAGGUGGAGUUAUGGGUCGGUAGCGGCUACCGACUUGUAAAUGGCAACAUCGUUACCACAUCCUUUACUUUUCACUUCGACACCACAAAGUGAGACCGAAGGUUGAUCUUGUCAACAUUAUAUAUUAUUUUGUUUAUAAGUGUUCUGAAAACAAUAUAAUGCAUUUUUAUCAGCAUUGUAAGUGUGAACAAUGCAGCAACAAAUACAGUGAUAAUAGUAGGUCCAUUUAAGAAAGCAAAAUUUAAUCCUGAGAAAAGUUAUUAUCUGGCUUUUUGCAGUUUUAAAAAACAAAAUUGCCAUAAACGGUUUGUGGAAUUGAAACAUUUAAGAUAUGAUAAAAUACAUGGAGACCUAUGUGAAAAGACUAAUUUUUACAAUAAGUUUUGUGCAGCUAAGACCGUUGUAGAAUAGUACAAAAUACAAGGAAUUAAAAAUCAGUUUGUAAUUCCCGAGAGAUGAAAGAUUCUCGUCUCGUACGAGACUAGAGAGACCUUUUCUCUCAAAAAAAAAAAAAAAAAGAUUCGAGACGAGAGAGUGUCAUCUCUCGACGAGAAUUUCUCGUUUCUCUCGCGCAAUUAACUUUUUACUUUAAAAUUUUCAAUUACUUAUCGGAACUUAAAAUUUAAAAAUAUCAUAUUUCCAGAUAGGCAAAAAGUUAACUAUAAAACACCUAUUCUAUAUACACAGUGAGUUUUAAGUAUGGAACGCCUCAAUUAUCUCGGAAACGGCUUGCACAAUUUUUAUUUAUGGUGAUCCGUCAAAUGCGCCCCGAAAAAAGCGGUCCGACAAAAGUGCCCCGACAAAUGCGCCCAAGACAAAAGCGCCAUCCAAAAUUUCUUUGUAUAAAAAACUAACCAACGGACAGAAUCGUAAUAAUUUCCAUGCAGUCAAAUUUUUCGGAGGUUACUUUUGGAGAUAAAUUAGAAAGACGACAACUUUUAAGUGUUUUUUUCGAAAAGUUAAAGAAACGAACGUAUAAUAUAUUGUUAACACGCUUUAAAAUGCUUUCAUUUGAUAUCACACGAAAAAAAUUCUAACUUCCAAAUGAAACCCUACUCCCUCCCAACUAACUUCUAAGAAAAAGUAUUUAUAGUAGGGGCAGAAGUUGGAAAGGCUUUUGCUAGAUCUCCCACCUCAUACACAUAACUUGACAGGUUUGCGGCGGAUCUAACCGAAGUGGACGCGAUACAUUGGCGUACAAAAUUAUUUUUUAGAUGUUAAUAAUAAUUUCGAGUAAAUAGUUUAAUAAAUUGUGAAGAGCUGUUGAAAUUUUGUAGAAUUAUGAUUUGGGUAUUAUAAUACAUGUUUAAUAAUUAUUUAUAGUCCAUACAUACAUGCGAUUGUCCAGUUCUUAUUAUAUGAAACGACACUGGCAGGUAAACAUUACUGCAAAAUUCUCGAAGUCGUCCGACGUGGUUUGAAGUUUACCCCCUCUCUACCUACCAAAAGCCUUUCCAACUUCUGCAUCUGUUAUACAUUCUUAGUUAACGCCCAAUUUGUGCCACUGAUUACUUUAAAUUUCAAUUGUUUAUGUCAAAUAGUGUCUAAGCAAAAUGAUUGUAACAGACAGAUAGGCAGAGAGAUACCAAGGUAAUUUCCCUAAGUGUUUCCUAUUGCCAAUUUGGGUACUGAUGAGACAAAUUACUUGAAAAAUUAUUUGUUAUUGUCUUCAAAAUUUUACAGUUUUUUCAUGUUUCGUCCUAAGUAUAUCUGUUACAAAUUUAAAUUUGAUAUGUUUUUAAUACGAGAGAAACAAGACAAGACGAGACGAGAGAAGCGCCUUCUCGUUGAGACGAGAGAACAGUUUUAUCUCGAUCUUCGAGAAGAGGAUUCUUUCUCGUCUCGUCUCGCGGCAUCACUAAUUAUUGUGCUGCACAUAUUAUGAUUGAAAAUCGUAUGUGACCUUCCAGGGACUAGGCAAUAGUAUAUUUAAUUAGUCUAACUCAGAAAUAUCAAUUUGAAAAGAUUGAAAAACAUAAAAAUGUUAAUUAAAUUAUUUUUUACAUUCUAAAUAGAAGGGCCAAAAAUGUUAUAAAAACUUUAAUUGGUAAUUAUUGAUUAAUAAUCAAUACUUAAAUUAUUAAACAGUAAUUUGAUAUUUUUGGUUUCUGUAUUUUUACACACAUUUUUAUCCUAAUAUUGCAUUUUUAACAAUAUAAAAAAAAUUAUUUUGAAGGUGUAAAGGGGUAGCAGAAAAAUCUGGCAACAAGACAUUUUCUUUGAAACGAAUAAAUGUAUAAUUAUGAAAUUGUAGUUGUUUGAAUGGGACCGUAUUACAUUAUUAUUAUUAUUAUUUGAUUUUUUCUGAUCCUAUACAUACAGGGUAGCGAAAAAGUCCAGCAAGUGCCCACUACUUUUUGCAAAAUUUUACUUUGUGGUCCAAAGUUUUCUAUAAAUAUUUGUUCGGUAUUAUCGGUUGUAAACAAUCAUUAUUUAUUUUGUUAUUUAAAGUUCCAUACUUUUUUAUGAGUCAUUUUUCAGACUUUUGUCACCAGUAUGCACUUUCAUUCUCAUGGAAGGUAAGUUCGUAAUAAGUCCAUAAUUAUUGUCUUAUAAACUUUACAGGACAGUCGUUAAGUACGUAUAAUUAAAAUAAAGUACUAUGUCUAGGUAAAAACAGCAAAAAAAUUUUUUUUUUAUUUUUAUCAAAUAAAAUUUUAACGGCAGAGAAACUAAAACAGAACAUUUGUUAAUCUUUAUAUACACUACUGAGUAUUAUAAUAAGAAAGGCCCACUGAAAAUAUACUUCUCCUCGACGUCCAAUGAAUGGUUGUGGCAAAAUUGAUAUAUUAGCAAUAAUCCCAAAGUAGACGACUACUUGAAGUGUAUAGCAAAAAGUAGUAGAUCAAUUACGGUUAUCAAGGAAAUAUAAUGUUUACUAGAUCUUUAUGGGUUAGGAACACCUGAUUUUACUUCUGCUCUAGCUUGUUUCAACUCAUCUUUGGUAUAUUUUUUCCCUUUAUCAGUUUUUCUUAUGUACUUUUCUAGGCUUGUGAUUUGCAAAAAAAAAAAAUAUUAAAUUUCAUAUUGCGAAUCAUGUCUAUAUUUAAUAAAAAAUUAAUGAUAAGUGUUAUUUCAUUUAAAUAAAAAAUUGACUGGUACACUCUUUCCAGCCCUAACAAGUUUGUAGGUUAAGUGCGCACGUCCUUUUUUUUAUUAUGAAGUUGAAAUAAAAAUAUGUUUAGAUACUUCAGUUAUUACUAUAUAAGGAUUGGGAUUAAAACUAAAAACACACAAAUCGUUCCAGUUGAUUACAGUUUGCAAACUACUCUCUCAAUGAGAACCACUUCUUUACUGUGCCUCGAAAAGGCGCUGCUUGCUGCCAUCUAUUUUUGGGUGGUUGAGGAAGGCCGGAAGAAGGUAUUUUGGGAAUCAUCAUGGUUAUUCAUACAUUAGUAGUACAACUACAGGCAUACUAACACACACGACUUUACCCGAGUUGACCUUAACAAGAUAUUUUAGGUUGUUGAAUGGGAGACUAUUAUAUUAGCAAUGUGGUACUUUUUUAAAAGAAAAAUUCUAUAUGGCGGCGGUACGCUAAAAGCUUAUGUCAAAUAAAUUUGACAUAUCCUGUGAAAAAUGCAGAAUAUAAUCCCUUUCAUCAAACUGCAAUUUCAUAAUUAUAUAUUCAUUAGUUUCAAAGAAAAUACCUUGUAAGACUUUUUCGCUACUCUAUAUGUAAUAUUUUAAAUAAUAAUAAUAAUUUUACAAAUCUACAUUCCAACAUUAGCUGGUAUUUUGUCUCCUCCACUUUGACAUGUUCUGUGCUAUAUUAAUUUCAAUUCGCCUUACAUUCAUAUCGCUGCUAACAAUAUAUCAUAUCGUUUUCAUUUGUCUGCCUCUUUUACUUCUUUACUCAACCCUGUCGAUUAUCUUGUAGGUUAUUCUCUUGUCUGAACAUGUCCAAAGUUUUGAAUUUCCUUACAGCAUCUGCAUUCAUUAAAUUUCACGGGAAUUUGUCCUGCAUAUUUUCCCGUUAUUUUUAUCUAAUACCAAUUAAAACAAGUAAAUGCAUUCAGUUUAAAAUAAUUACUUCCAGAAGCAUUGAUUUUAGCCUUUGAAUACCAUAUUUCUGAUCUAUUAGUCAUAUUCUGCCAAAUCAUCUCCACUGGAACCCCGUCGUAUGUUUUUCACAUUAAUAAAUACUAAAUACUAUAAUAUACUUAUAAUAGUCCCUCAGCUGACUGCAAAAAAUGGAAGUCUUUUUCGCUCUUUGUAGUUGGGUGCAAGGGAGGGAGAUUUAACAAGUUAAACUAUGUCCCGGCGGUGGAUGUGACCGUAAGGGAAGAUAUUUAGAAAAAUAUGUAUUUAUGAAAUUCACUUUAUCACCCUGUAGAAUGAAAACUGGGAUGUUUGCAGGAAAAUUAUAUUUAGCAUUUCUCAAUAAUUAGUUAAGAUCUUCAAGUCCCCCUGUUUUAAACACCCUGUAUAUAAAAAAUAUUUCGAGUAAGAUGUGUAUGGAAAAUGUAUGUUUUUAGUUCAUCCUCUAAACAUUUACAGGGGUGAUUCAAUAGUUUGUAAAAAAUAACUGGAAAAAGCCUGUAAUAACUAGACAGGAAAGUCAUGUGUUGGACAUAUCAGUUUUUUGUUUUAUGGCUUAGGUGUACAUACCUAAUAUGCCAGU